AUGUCUACUACUAGUAGUACAAAUGACACUACUUCUGGGUCAGAUAGUGAUAGUUCAUGUGAUAAUAGUCAUUUAUCACAACGUAGAAGGAAGAAAAAGGUAUUAUUGACGAUGAUGAUGAUGCAUUCUACAAACUAUUUCUUAAGUCAUGUGGACAAAAGUCCAUGCAGGGAUUCUGAAUUACAAGGACAUGGAUGGGUUCAAGAGAUUAAUAACGGACAUGAUACUCGUUGCUAUCAACAAUUCAGGAUGAGAAAAAAUGUGUUUUUACAAUUAUGUAAUGUUUUGGAGUGUCAUUAUGGUCUGAAGCCAACUAGAGGCAUGGGGAUUCAUGAGCAGGUUGGGAUUUUCUUAUACAUUUUAGGACAACCAUGCUCCAUUCGUAAUGCAGAGGAGAGAUUCCAGCAUUCUGGAGAGACAAUUUCUAGACAAUUCCACAGGGUUUUAGAGGUUGUACUUGCACUUUCUGGUGAUAUUAUUAAGCCUGUUGACCCUACCUUUAUGGAUACACCUCAUCAAAUUAGAAGUGAUAGAAGAUAUUAUCCUCACUUUAAGGAUUGUAUUGGUGCUAUAGAUGGCACUCAUGUGAAGUUGAUAGUCCCGGUUGAACAUCAGAUUCCUUACACUUCUAGAAAGGGCUAUACAACAACUAAUGUAAUGGCUGUUUGCGAUUUCAAUAUGUGCUUCACAUUUGUGUUAGCAGGAUGGGAAGGAUCUGCACAUGACACUAGGAUCUUUAUGGAUGCUUUGCGCACGCCUAGAUUGCAUUUUCCACAUCCUCCUCAUGGUAAAUAUUAUCUUGUUGAUGCUGGCUAUCCCAACUUUAUGGGCUACUUAGGACCCUACAAAACCACCAGAUAUCAUCUCCCCCAUUUUAGAUUAGGGCCCAGAGCUAGAGGAAGAAAUGAAGUGUUUAAUUUUUUGCACUCUAGCCUCCGAAGCACAAUUGAACGAACAUUUGGGUGUUGCAAAGCUAGAUGGAAAAUACUCAACAACAUGCCUUCUUUUCCAUUGAAAACCACAACUCACAUCAUUGUUGCUUGUAUGGCUUUACACAAUUUCAUAAGAAGGACUGACACGGGUGAUAGAGAGUUUCUUUUGUUUGAUGAGAAUGUUGAUUUAGAGUACAAUGUUGAUGCUCAUAACACUACCCGCGAAGAUGUGACAUGGGAGGAACCAACUCAACAAAGUGUUAGGCAAAUGGAGCGAGUUAGAGACGCUAUUAGGGACGGGAUGCCUACAACUAUCUAG